AUGACGCUAGACCUCCCCCUCGUCAUUCACGAGUACGUCAGGAAGAUGCUGCGCGAUGCUUCUGUCGGUAUGAAAGCAUUUCUGCUGGACGAGUUCACGGUUGGUCUAACUGUUGUGAUGAUGUAUUUGUUCCUAACGUUUCCUUUCCGCAGAUGA